AUGAUGGGGAUAUUCAUUCUUGUGUUUCUCCUCUCCCUCACCCUCUAUGAUGCUGAAGGGUCGUGCUGGCGUCGCGCACCUGGUGGUCCUGCCCCACCUACUGGUUCUCCUCCACCUGCUACUCCUGCCCCACCUCCUUCUGCCUGUCAGAAAGUUCCCCUCCACCGCUAUUGGAACCCUCGUUGGAUCGACCAUUUCUACACCAUAAACCCCAACAACCAAGAACUGGCAAAACACAGCUUUCGCCAUGAAUUGAUCCAGGGCUACGUCUACAAGAAUCGGUGUAAAGGGUCGGUCCCUCUCUACCGCUAUUUGAGCCCUCGUGGUCUUGAUCAUUUCUACACAACCAACCCGAACGAAAUUGGAACCACAGUCCCAGGGCGCAUGGGAAAGCAUGGAUACAAGAGCGAGGGUCACGAGGGGUACUGUAUGCCUCGUAAAGUACCGGGAACUGUGCCACUCUACCGCUACUGGAAGGCCCACCAGGCAGACCACUUUUACACCACUAACAUCAGAGAGAUUGGUACUGCUACGCCGGGAAGAGUUGGGAAACAUGGAUACAAGUCGGAGGGGAUCACGUGCUACAUUUUCCCUAAACCUUGA